AUGAAGCUGGGCCCGCAGACCUUUGUCAUGGUCGGGAAGCUCGACAUGGCGCGGGAUCUGCUCGACAAGCGCAACGCCAUCUACAGCUCGCGACCGCGCGCCCCCAUGGUGUCCGAGUGCGUGUCCAAGGGCUACCGCACCCUGUUUCUGCCCUACGGCGACAAGUGGCGGUCCUACCACAGGCUCCACGCCUCGGUGCUCAACAUGCGCAUGUCGCAGACGUACCGUCCGAUCCACGACAUCGAGAGCCGCCAGAUGCUGCUCGAGCUCACCAAGCCCGAUGCCGGAGAGCGGUUCCCCUUCUACUUCUUCCGUUACUCGGCCAGCCUCAUCUUCAGUCUCGCCUACGGCAUCCGGCUGCCCAAGGGGACAGAGCCUGAGGCCCAAGCCGUCGAGCACAUCAUGCACGAGCUGAACUGGGUGUUCCUGCACAAUUGGCUCGUCGACAUGAUGCCGUGGCUCAACGUGCUGCCCAAAGUGCUCGCGCCGUGGAAGCGCAUCGCCGACAAGAUGCACGAUUUCGAGAAGGCGUUCCUGUCUAAGGUCAUCGCCGAGGGCGAGGGCAAGCCGGGCUGGAACUGGACCAAGAGCGUGCUGGCGUCCAAGGACGGUAAGCGCAUGUCGCGCACCGAGGUGGGCUACAUCAUCGGCAACCUGUACGAGGCCGGAAGCGACUCGUCGGCUGUGAGCAUGGCCGUCCUGGUCAUGGCCGCCAUACUCUACCCCAAAAUGGCGAGCAAGGCCCAGGAAGAGCUGGACCGGGUGGUGGGGCCCGACCGCAUGCCGACGUUUGACGACCUGGACAAUCUGCCCUUCAUCCACGCCAUCGUCAAGGAGCUCCUCCGAUGGCGCCCCGUGACGCCCGGCGGCGUCCCGCACGCCGUCAUCGAGGACGACGAGUACAUGGGCUACCGCAUCCCGAAAGGGACCGUCAUCCUGCCAAAUUACUGGGCUCUGGCCAUGGAUCCCGACACGUUCGAGGACCCCGAGCAGUUCAUCCCGGAGCGGUGGAUUGAGAAUCCGGACGUGCCCGUGUUCUCGUUUGGGUUUGGGAGGAGGGUCUGUACUGGACGGCACAUUGCCAUGAACUCGCUGCUGAUCACCACGGCGCGGUUGCUGUGGGCGUUCAACAUUGGGCACGCGUACGAGGUCAAGGACGGCGUCAAGGUGCAGUGUCCUGUCGACCCCAAUGCGUACACCAGCACCUUCAACUCGUCGCCCGAGCCCUUCAAGGCGUCUUUUGUCCCGCGCAGUGCCAAAGUGCUCGAGGUUAUGAACCACGAGUGGGCGUCUGCUGAGAAGGAUCACUUGGUCCAUCUGGAGCAUCUCCAGAUCAAGCUAGAGAAUGCUGCCAAGGAGGAAAAGGCUGCCGAGGAGGAAAAGGCUACUUCAUGA